CACAUGACUUGUAGAAAACCGCAUGGGGUCCCAGUAGAACCUUCGGAGGACGUUUAGGAGGCUGUUUGACUCCUCCGUUUAUGUUUGCCAUGAGUAUUACACAAAAGCUCUCCACUUUGCGAUUGCCUCCAUUGCCAACAAUUGGAGAAAUUAUUAAACUUUACAAAUUAAAGGCAGAAAAGCAGCUCUCACAGAAUUUUCUUCUUGAUUUGAGACUUACAGAUAAAAUUGUCAGAAGAGCUGGAAAUUUAGAAGAUGCCUACGUCUGUGAAGUUGGUCCAGGGCCAGGAGGCAUUACAAGAUCACUCAUAAAUGCCGGUGUUGCAGAUCUUCUUGUGGUUGAAAAAGAUACCAGAUUUAUUCCUGGACUAAUGAUGUUAAAUGAAGCAUCCAUGGGGAAAGUGAGAAUUGUUCAUGGUGAUAUUCUUACUUACAAAAUGGACAGAGCAUUUCCUGGCCAUUUGAAGAAGCAGUGGGACGAUGAUGUACCAAAUGUGCACAUCAUUGGAAAUCUGCCCUUUAACGUGUCAACCCCUUUGAUUAUCAAAUGGCUGGAGCAUGUGGCAAACAGAAGUGGGCCUUUUGUAUAUGGUCGGACGCAAAUGACUUUAACUUUUCAGAAAGAAGUAGCCGAGAGAAUGACAGCAAGCACUGGGGGAAGACAACGGAGCCGACUGUCCAUUAUGUGCCAGUAUCUCUGCAAUGUAAAAAAUAGUUUUACUAUUCCCGGCUCUGCCUUUGUUCCGAAACCUGAGGUGGAUGUUGGAGUUGUGCAGUUUACCCCAUUAAUACAACCACAAAUAGAACAGCCUUUCAAACUUGUUGAAAAAGUAGUCAGAAGUGUCUUUCAGUUCAGAGGAAAGUACUGCCACCAUGGAGUUGCAAAUUUAUUCCCUGAAGAACAUCGCUUGAAGCUUACUGAAAAAUUGCUGAUGUUAGCAGAUGUGGAUCCAACGAGGCGGCCAUAUGAGCUUUCCAUGAGCCACUUUAGAGAUUUGUGCAAUGUGUACAGACAACUGUGUGAUCAGGAUCCCAAUUUGUUUUCUUAUAAUUUCAGAGAAGAAUUGCGUUUGAAAAAGCUCCACAGAAUAUCGCACAAAACAAGUUGAAAAUAGUGAGGUGAUGAAGGUUUAAGUUAUAAGCAAAUGGCCCUCUUUAUUCAAGAAAAGAAAAAACACUUCCAGGCAAAGUGGACUGUUACUGUGACAAGUGAGGGUUAUGUGUAAAGAAUAAUACUGGGGAGAACUUGCCAAACUUGUUGAGCAGUUACUCUAGAAAUCAAUGGAAUAUGCAUGAUGAUUGCUCCACAUUUAGAGAUUUGAACACAACCCCACUUUUUCUUUUUUUUUUUUGGAGUG